AUAUUAGUCGAGAAUUGACCGUGCUCGGAUGAGAGUAGGAAAGAAUGGCUUAUUAUUCAGCAGUUAUUCAAGUGUGUUUUUUUCUUUUGGCUUAUUACAUCUGUUUGACGGCUGGAACGGAUUUGGAAGGCAGAUUUUUGCAGUUUGAAAAAAAUUUCGUGAAUGUCAAAGAAGCUUUGGAGGCUAAAGUUGUGACUUUAGAAACUAAAGUGGCUCGACUAGAGGCCAAAGUGGAACAACAAGAAUCGCAAAUCGCUGCCUUGAUAUUGAAGGAAAGAGAGAAAGACCAGAGUUCUUCAACCAAGAAGUUUACGAUGAGUGUUGAAUUGAAUCAAAAUUAUAAACGAAACGCCAUCUUUAGGACAUGUCAAGAGCUUCGCUCAUCAAAUCCGCUGUUGGAGUCCGGCAUGUAUUGGAUUGAUCCUGACGGCCAAGGAGUCGGCGAUGAUGCUAUCCAUGUCUUUUGUGAUAUGAAAUCAGGCAAAACGUUGAUUGGACACGACAGUGAAUCGAAAAUAGAUGUCGGAAAAUGCGCCGAGCCUGGAUGUUAUUCCAGGAAAAUCAAUUAUUACGCAACAGAUAGGCAAAUUGAAUCUUUGAUCGGAUUGUCCAAUAAUUGCAGUCAAAGGAUUUUGAUCAAUUGCAAUAAUGCGCCGUUAAAUGUCGGUGGUGUUGAGUACUCUUGGUACAAUACUAAAAGCAAGAAGAGCGAUGGAAAGCAAACAUUUUCAGACUGGUUGACAAACUGUGACUCUAGUCGAACACAAGACACAGGAAGAUUGGUGAAUUAUCAACAAAUUCUUAAUCGUCUAAAUUUUGGCGGCACCUUAAAAGGAUCCCUUCAGCACACGCUGGGAAAAAUAGAGUGUGAAGGAAAGGCAAAAAAUGAGGGAAUGCCCAAGUCGUGUGAAGACUUAUGGAGAAUGGGACACACCCUGAAUGGAAUUUUUGCUGUAAAGGGAAGUAAAAGCAUCGAAAGUCUCUACUGUGAUUUCAACAGACGGCCCAAUGAAAACGGUUUCGAGAAACGGAUUGGAUACGCCGACGUCAAAUCAGACCCCGUCCAUUUCUACGUCCAGAGAAAUUCUUCAUUUAACACAAAAUACACUCCGAUUCCGUUCCACUUCGCGAGGGUAAACGAAGGAAAUGCCAUGAAUUUGACAUCCGGGGAGUUCACAGCACCGCGACCGGGAACUUAUUUCUUUUCGUUUUCGGGAAUAGCAGAGUAUUCACAUUUACAUAAAAAUCAAGUUUUCAUGUACAUUGGGCUUUUUUUGAACGGGGUUGUUCGUAUCGGAGGGGAUUUUACUGAAGAGGGGAGUUCCUAUUAUCAUAGUAAUAAGCGGGGCCCGUUGUCAUUCCAGUCGACGUUGAACUUGGAUAAUGGCGAUAAAGUCUGGUUGCAGAUUUAUGCCUCGUCAAACGAUGUAUAUCUGCUCGAAGACAGAGAAAACCACUUCAGUCAUUUUACAGGUUUCAUGUUGGAAGAGAACAUUGUGGCGUCCCUUUGAGAUUUUGUAUUGAUCAUUUAAAAAAUGCUCACGACAAUAAUCAGCAGACAGUUGGAAUAAAAUGAAUUGUUGAAUUGGAUAACGUAAAAAAGUAAGAAAAUGGAAGGAAUAAACUUAUUCGAAUGUAAUUCAUUAAGGGCUGGGAAUUUCUCUACAAAAAUUUGUAUUUAAUUGGAGCUGUAAUGAUAAUAAUCACAGAAAUUUGCAUGUCUAUUUCCCAAAAUAAGGCAAUUUGUUACGAAAAACCCGUUUUGAUUGCCAGAUUUACCAAAGAAAAUCAAGAAAGAAUUUCUUUUUCAAAUUUGUCGCCUGUUGCAAUUUAAAAUCACAAACUUGUUAAACACGAAAAUGUUAAGAAUACAUUGCCCUAUAUCUACUU